GUCAGAACAGAGGCACCCCCACCUCCCUCCACCGGGACAGAACAGCCAAACCUUCUCACUGGUUUACAAACACGUCUCCAUGAAAACGAGAUGAACACGUUACUUUUACUGCUUUUUAUCUGUCACGUUUCAUCAUCAGUGAAACACUCCCUGGCGUUUUUCUUAACUGCGUCAUCUGGAGUCCCGAAUCUGUCAGAGUUUGUGGUUGCUGCAGUGGUUGAUGACCUUUUACUUGGUUCCUGCGGCAGCGAUAAAAAGACAGUAGAACUAAAACAGGAUUGGGUGAAAACAGUAUUUGAACACAACCCUCAGCAGCUGGAGUGGUAUACUCAGCAGUGUUUGGAGAACCUGCCUCACGUCUUCAAAGCUGACAUGGACAACCUGAAGCAGCGCUUCAACCAAAGUGGAGGUGUCCACAUAUUACAGGAAAUCUAUGGCUGUGAGUGGGACGAUGAGACUGGGGAGGUUAAUGGCUUUAGUCAGUAUGGUUAUGAUGGAGAGGACUUCAUAUCAAUCGACCUGACGACACUGACAUACAUCGCUCCAAAGCCACAGGCUGUCAUCACCAAACUGUUAUGGGAUGCUGAGAAAGACAGAAUAAUAUACAAUGAGAUUUACCUCACUCAGACGUGUCCCGAGUGGUUGAAGGUUUAUGUGGCCUUUGGAAAGAGCUCCCUGCUGAGAAAAGACCUGCCCUCAGUGUCUCUCCUCCAGAAGUCUCCCUCCUCUCCACUCAGCUGCCACGCUACAGGUUUCUACCCUGACAGAGCCAUGAUGUUCUGGAGGAAAGAUGGAGAGGAGAUUCAUGAGGGCGUGGAGAUCGGAGAGAUCCUCCCCAACCAUGAUGGAUCCUUCCAGAUGAGUGUUGACCUGAACCUUCCAUCAGUCCCACCUGAAGACUGGAGGAGGUACGACUGUGUGUUUCAUCUCUCUGGUGUGAAGGACGACAUCGUCACCACACUGGACAAAGCAGUGAUCAAAACCAACAUGGAGAAGCCCAGUGACAUGACCGUCCCCAUCACUGCUGCAGUGAUUGUUCUUGCUCUCAUCCUCAUCGCUGCCACUGGAUUCGUCAUUUACAAAAAGAAGACAGCCCAAUGUCCCCCAUCUCCUCCUGACAGCAGCUCUGAGCUCUCUGAGAAACUCAAUCCAGAAACCUGACUGACAAAAAUAAUAAACACUUUGAUAUGUGUCACAUUAUAGCUUGACGGCUGGCUUAUGGAUGGCUUAGUGGUAAGUGGUAUAAAGUGGUUUAUAAUAUCUAUGGUAUGUUUAAUGUCAUAUUUUUCCAUGAUUUUUUGUUUUCUCACUUAAUUAACUGUGAUGCAACAAAGUGUUUCAUGUUUCUGAGCAUUCUAAAUGAAUGUUUUCUUUAAUAUUGUGUUAUAUUUUAUGGCUUCAGAAUAAAUGCAUAAACAUGUGGAGACUGAAUAGAGUGCUGAAAAUCACCCCUUGUGGUGGAUUAGAUAAAGAUAGAUAAAAUAGAACAGAUAUAAUAGAACAUAAAAGCUUAAGCUUAAAGAUACAUUAGGUCAGGGUCAGAGAAAGGUGUCGCCUGUCAGAGGGCUCAGAUUUAUAACGCCACAGCUAACCUAGGACCUAAUGAAAGGUCAAACAUCAUUUAACAUGAAUACAGGGUUUCCAUAGGAAUCCACACAACCUCUGGCACAUGUUCCUGUGUACUGAUAACCAUAAAUGAAUGUGAAAAUCAAAUGUAUUACUCUUUCUUUUGGUGCUGAUGUUUUGCUUUUCAAUAAAGUCAACCA